AUGCCUGCGGGGAUGAAUAAGAAUGGAUCUCGAUCUACUACCUCUUUGCCUCCAGAUCCCAUGGAGAUUGUCCGGAGCAAGGCCUGCUCCAGAAGGGUCAAGCUUAAUGUGGGUGGCUUGGCCCAUGAGGUCUUAUGGAGAACCUUAGACAGGUUACCACGGACAAGGUUGGGUAAGCUCAGAGAUUGCAACACCCACGAAUCCCUCAUGGAUAUAUGUGAUGACUACAACUUGGAGGAGAACGAGUAUUUCUUUGACAGGCACCCAGGGGCAUUUACUUCCAUCUUGAACUUUUACCGCACGGGCAAGCUGCACAUGAUGGAGGAGAUGUGCGCUUUGUCCUUCAGCCAAGAACUGGACUACUGGGGGAUCGACGAAAUCUACCUGGAGUCCUGCUGCCAGGCGAGGUACCAUCAGAAGAAGGAGCAGAUGAACGAGGAGCUCAAGAGAGAAGCGGAAACGAUGCGCGACAGGGAAGGCGAGGAGUUCGAUAACACCUGCUGCGCAGAGAAGAGGAAAAAACUCUGGGACCUUCUGGAGAAGCCCAAUUCGUCUGUAGCGGCCAAGAUUUUGGCCAUCAUUUCCAUUAUGUUUAUUGUCCUCUCUACGAUUGCCUUGUCACUGAACACCCUUCCUGAGCUCCAAGGCGUGGAUGAAUAUUCUAAUCCCACAGAUAACCCCCAGCUGGCCCAUGUAGAGGCAGUUUGCAUCGCAUGGUUUACAAUGGAAUACCUUUUACGGUUCCUAUCCUCACCUAAGAAGUGGAAGUUUUUCAAAGGUCCACUGAAUGCCAUUGACUUGUUAGCCAUCUUACCCUACUACGUCACUAUCUUCCUCACAGAAUCAAACAAAAGUGUACUUCAGUUCCAGAACGUUCGGAGGGUGGUUCAGAUAUUCCGUAUUAUGAGGAUACUCCGAAUUUUAAAGCUUGCCCGGCACUCUACAGGUUUGCAGUCCUUGGGAUUUACACUGAGGAGAAGCUACAAUGAACUGGGACUGCUAAUUUUAUUUCUGGCCAUGGGCAUUAUGAUCUUUUCCAGCUUAGUUUUUUUUGCUGAAAAAGAUGAGGAAGAUACAAAAUUCAAGAGCAUCCCUGCAUCUUUCUGGUGGGCAACCAUAACCAUGACGACAGUUGGCUAUGGAGAUAUCUACCCUAAAACACUCUUAGGUAAGAUUGUUGGUGGGUUGUGCUGUAUUGCUGGUGUCCUGGUGAUUGCCCUUCCUAUCCCAAUCAUUGUAAAUAACUUCUCUGAGUUCUACAAAGAACAGAAGAGGCAGGAGAAAGCCAUCAAGCGCCGAGAAGCCCUAGAACGAGCCAAAAGAAACGGUAGCAUUGUGUCCAUGAAUAUGAAGGAUGCUUUUGCCCGUAGUAUAGAACUGAUGGACAUAGUGGUGGAAAAGAAGGCAGACAAUGCAGGGCAAAAGGAUAAAGUUCAGGACAAUCAUUUAUCCCCAAACAAGUGGAAGUGGCCCAAGAGAUCACCGUCUGAAACCAGCUCCAACAAAUCGUUAGAGACAAAAGAACAAGGGUCACCUGAAAAAGCUCGGUCUUCUUCCAGCCCUCAGCAUCUGAAUGUCCAACAGCUGGAAGACAUGUACAACAAAAUGGCCAAAGCUCAGUCUCAGCCAAACCUUAACACUAAAGAAUUAGGCCAAUCCAACAAGCAAAAAGAAGAACUAGAAAUGGAGGCAAUUCCUGGCCCAAUGGUUCCUUUGCUGACCACACGUGCAGAUGGAAUAAUUGACAUGAGGAGCAUGUCAAGCAUUGACAGUUACAUAAGCUGUGCAACAGAAUUUCCUGACUCUGGGAGAUAUUCCCACAGUCCCCUAACUACACUCCCGAGCAAAGGUGGCAUCAAUCCAAUUCAUGACCCAUAUCGGCUAGAAGGAAGUGGGGCUAAAUUCAUGGAGAUAAAACCAAAUUUAGAAAGUGGCCGUUGCUCUGCCUUUUUCAUAGAAAGCCCCAAAAGGUCCAUAAAGGUUACCAAUCCUCUGAAGUUAAGAUCUCUGAAGGUUAACUUUAUGGAAGAGGAUGUCAGCUCGAUAGGAUCAGCAGCAUCGAAUGUCCUGAGAAUAUAUCCAGAUUCCCUCAAGAACAGAGGAGUUACAGGUACAACUACAGAUAGUUCCAUACAUUCUGAUCGAUCCUUGAUGAGUCCAGAAACCUCUCUCUACACUACAGCAAGUACAAGAACACCCACAAAAUCGCCAGAGAAGCAGGCAGCAAUAGUUUUCAACUUCCAUGACGCCGGGAUACAUAAAUAUAUUGAUGCUGACACUGAUGACGAAGGUCAGCUGCUGUAUGACUCAAGUCCUCCAAAAGCCCCACCUGGAAAUACAAGUCCCAAAUACAACAUUUCAAACAGUGGCUAUUUAAGGCAAAGGGAUCAUGUUUUUAGAACAGAGAAGAACCACUUAGAGACUGCUGCUUUAGCCUCCUCGCCCAAGCUCGUAGGGCAGAAUUGCCUUUAUUCAAUGGAAAGUAUCACUGGAAGAACCCGUGGUAUCCAGGGAAGUAUCAAAUUAGAGAAUCACAUUUCACCCGAGGUUCACAUAUUGCCGAGUGGAGGAGGAGGACAUAGUAACACACACGGUCAAAAUAUCUAAUAUGUGCUCCUGAACUUUUGUUGAAAGCUUAAAAAAAAAUAAAGGGAAUGCCUUUACACUCGACACACAAAGAAGAGCUUCUGCAUGGCAUGAACUUUUGACUGAAACCAGCCACCUGUUUUGUAAAAGCCAAGAGAAUGCCCUUGAGGUGGGCUAGAGAUGAGACCUCUUCUGGAACCACUGCAAAUGUUUUGCCCCCAGUCCAGCAACA